CCACCGUUAUGUUCCUCUUGUUAAUCGUCGUCAUCAUCCUACCUACUGUUGCCUCUGAUGAUGAGCAGUACACUGCUCUUCAUUUUGGAACUUCCGCAAAUGACAACAUUGGAUUCAAGUUUAACAUGGCCCCCUUCCAAGACUCCUUUUCGAUCUGCACUUGGGCCAAACGUAUAUAUACCUCCUCCUCCUACCCGGUACUGUUUGACUAUGAGUCAAGCACGCCGGACAAUGAGAUCGUGUUAGAUGCUACUGGGAUUCACAAACAUAUAGCAGGUGGAGCUGUGAGUGGAAACAUGCGGAGUGCGGUAACAAAGCCUGUAGGCAGCUGGUUUAGUUACUGUAUUACUUGGUCACUAGCCUCGAGGAGCAUUAAGCUGUAUAUUGAUGGUUCUUUAGUAGGCACAGGUACGACAGUCUCUGGAAGAACACUGAAAAUGGGAGGUACACUAUUCUUUAACCGACUCUCUUACAGUACUAGUUCUGGCUACAUUUUCGGAGGCCAACUUUACCAGUUUAAUGUCUAUUCCCAAGCCUUAAGCUCGACUGAGGUUAAGAAAAUAGCGGAAGGUGGACUCUGUUUUGACCUUACAGAAUUUGCUGAAACUAGGGUUCUGAAAUGGGAACACAUUAUGUCUCAGUCGAGAAGCGGAUCUGUGAGUGAGGUUUUGAUCGGAUCUAUGAGUGAGUUCAAGAUGUGUCAAUGGAAGAAGGAACUAGAUUCUCGGUUGAAAGUGUCUAAAGAGAAGCUGGUUAAUAUUAGUGGACAACUGAAUACAACUCUUGAAGAGCUAGGGACAGUGAAGGGUCAUCUGAGUUCCACCAAGGAGGACCUGAAUACCACCCAGGAGGAGUUAGGGACAGUGAAAGAUCAUCUGAAUUCUACCCAGGAGGAGUUAGAGACAGUGAAGGAUUAUCUGAAUUCCACCCAGGAGGAGUUAGGGACAGUGAGGGGUCAUCUGAAUUCCACCCAGGAGGACCUGAAUUCCACCCAGGAGGAGUUAGGGACAGUUAAAGGAGAACUCGAAAGAACGGAGCGUGAGCUGCAGACAGAGACGGCCCAGCACAACAAGACAGGAGAGAAGCUGGAUACCUGCUCAACCUCCCUUACAAGCACACUGACCCAGCUGGAUGACGCCAGGACAUUCCACAACAUCACCAGAUGGGAUGUCCUAUACACCUCAACCUAUUUCAACAAGGUGCUCACGGAGGAAUCGUUCAAGCUACUCUCUACCAGUUGGGGAAUGUUGGGGAAGUUUGUUGGUUUGAACAUAACUGAAGGUGUAGUUGAACAUUUCCGUCAGUACCAUCAAGAACCUGUGUGCGACGUCUUCGAGCAAAUCACAUUUCCAAUGCUUACACAGUUUGAAGGAGUUGACUGGACUAGGGGGAUAAACGAGCAUUUCAGAGACACUCACUUGGUGAAUCGUGAUGACUCACCAUGCGAGAGUGAUACGGAGAGCUAACAAAACAGAGAAAGAAGUACGGAGGACACGUGACUACGGAGGACACGUGACUACGGAGGACACGUGACUACGGAGGACACGUGACUACGGAGGACACGUGACUACGGAGGACACGUGACUACGGAGGACACGUGACUACGGAGGACACGUGACUACGGAGGACACGUGACUACGGAGGACACGUGACUACGGAGGACACGUGACUACG